GAUGUACAAAUGUAUAUUUACAAAUUUGUUAUAACAAAUCUUUUUGAAGAGUGUACAAAUUUUGAUGAAAAUAGAUUGAAUUAAUAACUUUCUUUUUCAAAACUAUUAUUCUACCCUUUAGUUCAGGUUUAUAUUUAUCAAGUGCAAUUCUAUUCGAAUUCUAUGAAAUCAUUGAUGCUUGCUUCUGUUUGCACCUAACGUGGCGAUUUUGAAUGAUUUCAGAAGUUUUAAUCUCCUAUAGCUCUCUGAUUUUGCGCCUGGUUCGUAGUACGUAAGUAUGCAUACAUGCCACAGUCGUACGACCGUGGUACAUAUUCUACUUUAUAUAUUUUACAUAUUUUUACAUUUUAUGUGCAUUCUGUGCACUUUUGCGCCUUGAAAUUUCUCAUAAAAGCAUAAAAAUUUGCGAUCUAAUCACAACACACAUACACAACUCUUAAGCAACUGUUUAUAUUUAAAAUGAACAGACUGAAAUAAUAUCACCCAAAAUUUUUAUCUAAUUUAAAUUUUUGUGGAAAUGUAAAUUAUAAAGUAUAAAAAUGCCACCAAAACCAGGCACACAACCAGAUACACAAACACAAACUAAAUCACAUAAAAAAAUAGGGAGUCUUACAUGCAGUUUUAGAAGUCCGGGUCCAAAAUAUCCACUAAAAACUCUCGUGGGUUAUCAAGAGCAUUGCCUUUCGAGGUACCGAAAUCCGGCAUAUACAUUUGGCAACAAAUAUCCUAGUUUACGAAUAUGUGAGGGACCAGGACCGAAAUAUUUAUUAGACAAGCCCAUACGCGGUGGUUUUUCAUUUGGAUUAGUUGGAAAGACUUUCGAUACUUCUUGUACGCCUGGUCCAAAAUAUCUAUUGCCAUCUCCAAAAGGUCCAUCUUUUACACUAAAAUCCAGAACUAAACAGAGAAAAUGUUCCUUUUCACCAGGUCCUUAUAAUGUAAAAUUUCCUAUACCAGGUCCAGCUUUUUUUAUAGGAGAACGUUUACCUGCUUUAAGACGUGAUCCUACACCAGGUCCCAAACUUUACAAUGAUGCAUUGGUUGCCCAAAGAUCUCCAAUGUAUAGCGUAACUUUCAGAAGAGACGAAAAAAUAAUUUGCCGUUCUCCGGGUCCGAAAUACAAUCUGAAACCUCCUAAACCACAGCCCAUGUUUUCUUUUGGAAUCAAACACAGCGAGUGUUCUCCUCCUUAUAUCGUUGAAUGCGAUGAUCAAUGUUAAAAUUUUGGCAACUAUAAAUAAAAAGUGUAAACAUUUACGUAUAAAAUAUAAAAACAGAAUCUAUGAAUU